AUGUUCAUGUUGAUUCGCUUGCUUUACAUACUCCCUCUGUUUCAUCUUAUACAUACGUUUCCUUCCAAGCAGCCACUAUGCCAUGAUGAUGAGAGCUCAGCCUUGUUGCAUUUCAAGGAAAGCUUUAUCAUAAAUAACUCUGCUUCCUCUGAUCCUGAUGCAUAUCCUAGGGUCAGAUCUUGGAGGCUAGAAGGUGAAAACAGUGAUUGUUGCUCAUGGGAUGGUGUUGACUGCGAUGAGGACACAGGUCAUGUGAUUGGCCUUGACCUCAGUAGCAGUUGUCUAUAUGGUUCAAUUAACUCCAACAGCACUCUCUUCCGUCUUGUCCACCUACAAAGUCUUAACCUUGCUUACAAUCAUUUUAACUACUCUCAAAUCCCAUCCCAGCUUGGAAAUCUUUCAAGACUGACAUAUCUUAAUCUCUCUUCUUCUAUGUUUUCUGGUCAAAUCCCAUUUGAAGUUUCAAAACUGUCCCAAUUGUCAUCUUUGGAUCUAUGUUGCAACUAUGAUUUGUUUUCAGACAAAUACUUCUUGCAAUUCAACGAGUUGAGCCUAACAAGCCUAGUUGGAAAUCUAACGCGCAUAGAAAACCUUGAUCUAAGUGGGGUGAAUAUAUUCUCCACAGUGCCUAAUAUCUUUGCAAACUUGUCUAAUUUAAGGACCCUUUAUCUCCAUGACUGUGGAAUGCAUGGGCAAUUUCCACCAGGCAUCUUUAAGCUACCAAAUUUGCGGGUUCUUGACGUGAAGUACAACCAGGAUCUCACUGGUUCUUGGCCUGACUUUCAAUAUUGGAGUAGUCGCCUGAAGGAACUAGACCUUGGAAGAACCAGUUUCACUGGUGAGCUUCCGGCUUCAAUGGGAAACUUCGGCUCCUUGAUUGGUUUGGAUAUAGUGGAUUGCAACUUCUCAGGGUCCAUUCCAUCUUCAAUCGGUAACCUCACAAAUCUCAUUUACCUUCGUCUUUCAAAUAACAUUUUAGUGGGUAAUAUCCCAUCUUCAAUUGGUAAUCUCAUCCAGCUUACCUUUCUAGACCUUGGCCAUAAUCAGUUGUCUGGUCCAAUCCCUUUUGGGCUGCUAAACUUGACACAACUGACCAUGAUUAACUUAGGCUACAAUCAAUUAACUGGUCCUAUUCCUUUUGGGCUUAUGAAUCUAACACAAUUAAAUAUCUUGGCUCUUGUGGGUAAUGUGUUUCAAGGCCAGUUUCCAAUGUCCAUCAUUAACCUAAAGAGUCUUAAUCUGCUUGAUAUUUCUGAUAAUUACCUUAGUGGUAUUCUGUCAAUUUGCAACAUGACUUCUCUACAUAUCCUUGAUGUGUCUAAUAACUACUUCAGUGGCUCAAUUCCUCAAUGCUUGAACAAUAUGGUCCAAGGAAGCAAAUUAAGGAUGAUUAGUUUGAGAGGAAACAAACUCCAAGGAUUGUUACCAAGAUCAUUGGCCAAUUGUUCAAUGCUAGAGGCUAUUGAUGUUAGUAAUAACCAAUUCAAUGACACUUUUCCCUCUUGGUUGGGAAAUCUUCCAAAUUUAAAGCUUAUCCUCUUGCAGUUCAAUAAAUUCUAUGGUCAAAUAUUAGAAAGUCCUGAAACCAACUAUCAUUUCUGCAACUUGCAAAUCCUUGAUCUUUCUAACAAUAAGUUUACAGGAAAGUUGCCAUUAAAUCCCUUCAGAAAUUGGAAUGCCUUGAAAUUGGUCAAUGAAUCCCACUUGACAUAUAUUCAUGCAGAAAUAUCUUCGAUUGUGGGGAUAUACUAUAUGUCUUACUAUUUCACUUAUAAAAUGAAAAUAACAAACAAGGGUCUGGAUAUGGCAUACGACGAGGUCCUAGAAAUUUUUAGAGUCAUUGAUGUGUCAAGUAAUAGAUUUGUUGGAGAGAUUCCUGAUUUUAUUGGAGAUUUAAAAGGGCUUCGAAUGCUGAAUCUUUCUAAUAACUUUCUCACUGGACAUAUUCCACCAUCUUUGGGGAAUCUUACAAUGCUAGAAUCAUUGGAUCUUUCUCAAAAUAGGCUUUCAGGGGAGAUUCCGUCACAAUUAACACAACUUACUUUUCUUGAAUUGUUCAAUGUUUCUCACAACCAUCUCACUGGCUUCAUACCACAAGGGAAACAAUUUGACACAUUUGAAAACAGUUCGUUUGAAGGAAAUUCAGGCUUGUGUGGGAAUCCAUUAUCAAAAAAAUGUUGGAUUUCUGAUCCUUCAUCACUUUCACCUUCACCUUCAAUUUCUGAACAAAAUCAAGACUUUCCUGGGUCUCUCUUUGAAUUUGGUUGGAAAAUAGUCUUGGUUGGAUAUGGAUUUGGACUAAUAGUUGGAAUGAUAAUUGGCAACACUAUGGCAACGAGAAAACAUGUUUAUUGGUUGAUGAUGACUUUUGGAUUGAGGCAACGACUUCGCUAG